AUGCUGCAGGCUGGCCUGGCUCCUAUAUAUUACAUCAGUGUGAUGCUGCAGGCUGGCCCGGCUCCUAUAUAUUACAUCAGUGUGAUGCUGCAGGCUGGCCUGGCUCCUAUAUAUUACAUUGUCAACGUGAUGCUGCAGGCUGGCCCGGCUCCUAUAUAUUACAUCGUCAAUGUGAUGCUGCAGGCUGGCCCGGCUCCUAUAUAUUACAUUGUCAGCAUGAUGCUGCAGGCUGGCCUGGCUCCUAUAUAUUACAUCAGUGUGAUGCUGCAGGCUGGCCUGGCUCCUAUAUAUUACAUCGUCAACGUGAUGCUGCAGGCUGGCCCGGCUCCUAUAUAUUACAUCGUCAACGUGAUGCUGCAGGCUGGCCCGGCUCCUAUAUAUUACAUUGUCAGUGUGAUGCUGCAGGCUGGCCUGGCUCCUAUAUAUUACAUCGUCAGCGUGAUGCUGCAGGCUGGCCCGGCUCCUAUAUAUUACAUUGUCAGCGUGAUGCUGCAGGCUGGCCUGGCUCCUAUAUAUUACAUCGUCAACGUGAUGCUGCAGGCUGGCCCGGCUCCUAUAUAUUACAUCGUCAACGUGAUGCUGCAGGUUGGCCCGGCUCCUAUAUAUUACAUCGUCAGCGUAAUGCUGCAGGCUGGCCUGGCGCCUAUAUAUUACAUCGUUGGCAUGAUGCUGCGGGCUGGCCUGGCUCCUAUAUAUUACAUUGUCAGCGUGAUGCUGCAGGCUGGCCUGGCUCCUAUAUAUUACAUCGUCAACGUGAUGCUGCAGGCUGGCCCGGCUCCUAUAUAUUACAUCGUCAACGUGAUGCUGCAGGCUGGCCCGGCUCCUAUAUAUUACAUUGUCAGUGUGAUGCUGCAGGCUGGCCUGGCUCCUAUAUAUUACAUCGUCAGCGUGAUGCUGCAGGCUGGCCCGGCUCCUAUAUAUUACAUCGUCAGCGUGAUGCUGCAGGCUGGCCCGGCUCCUAUAUAUUACAUCGUCCGUGUGAUGCUGCUGGCUGGCCCGGCUCCUAUAUAUUACAUCGUCAGCGUGAUGCUGCAGGCUGGCCCGGCUCCUAUAUAUUACAUCGUCAGCGUGAUGCUCCAGCCUGGCCCGGCUCCUAUAUAUUACAUUGUCAGUGUGAUGCUGCAGGCUGGCCCGGCUCCUAUAUAUUACAUCGUCAGUGUGAUGCUGCAGCCUGGCCUGGCUCCUGUAUAUUACAUCGUCAGUGUGAUGCUGCAGGCUGGCCCGGCUCCUAUAUAUUACAUCGUCAGCGUGAUGCUGCAGGCUGGCCCGGCUCCUAUAUAUUACAUCGUCCGUGUGAUGCUGCUGGCUGGCCCGGCUCCUAUAUAUUACAUCGUCAGCGUGAUGCUGCAGGCUGGCCCGGCUCCUAUAUAUUACAUCAGUGUGAUGCUGCAGGCUGGCCUGGCUCCUAUAUAUUACAUCGUCAGCAGAGCGUUGUCCCUUUCUGUCCUGGAAGAUAGAACCCUGACCUGUUUCUCCCUCUGGUUUUGUAGGUAUGCAGUCAUUGCCUUUGGCUGUGCCAGCUGUCCUAAGAUCACGUGUGGGCGUGAGGGGUGUGGCACGGAGUUCUGUUACCACUGUAAACAGCUGUGGCACCCCAACCAGACGUGUGAUGCCGCCCGGCAGCAGAGAGCCCAGAGCCUGAGGCUACGCACCUUCAGCUCCUCGUCUCUUAGCUACAGCCAGGAGAGUGGUGCUGCAGCCGAUGACAUCAAGCCCUGUCCGCGCUGCGCUGCUUACAUCAUCAAGAUGAACGACGGCAGUUGUAACCACAUGACCUGCGCCGUGUGCGGCUGUGAGUUCUGCUGGCUCUGCAUGAAGGAGAUCUCUGACCUGCACUACCUGAGCCCGUCAGGAUGUACCUUCUGGGGCAGGAAGCCGUGGAGCAGGAAGAAGAAGAUUCUGUGGCAGCUGGGCACGCUGGUGGGCGCUCCGGUGGGCAUCGCUCUGAUCGCUGGCAUCGCCGUCCCCGCCAUGAUCAUAGGCAUCCCUGUGUACGUGGGGAGGAAGAUCUAUAACCGCUAUGAGGGGAAGGACAUCUCUCCUCACAGGAGGAACCUGGUGAUAGCAGGAGGAGUCACUCUGUCUGUCAUCAUGUCUCCUGUGGUGGCAGCCGUCUCUGUCGGCAUCGGCGUGCCCAUCAUGCUGGCGUACGUGUAUGGCGUGGUGCCCAUCUCUCUGUGUCGCAGCGGGGGCUGUGGGGUCUCCACUGGUAACGGGAAAGGGGUCCGCAUCGAGUUUGAUGACGAGAACCAGAUGACCGCAGGGAGCGGGGCGCAAGCUACUGACACGACCUCUGUGGCGGACACCAGGAACAACCCCAGCAUCGGAGAAGGUAGCGUGGGGGGCAUGACGGGCAGUCUGAGUGCCAGCGGGAGCCACGUGGACCGGAUGGGCGCCAUGAGGGACAACCUGAGUGAGAAUGCCUCCACCAUGGCCCUGGCUGGGGCCAGCAUCACAGGAUCUCUGUCUGGCAGCGCCAUGGUCAACUACCUGAACAGGUUGGAGGUCCAGGCUGAUGUUCAGAAGGAGAGGUGUAGUCUGAGUGGAGAGUCGGCCACCUUCAGCUUGGGGACAAUCAGUGACAACGCUAGCACCAAAGCAAUGGCUGGAUCCCUUCUCAACUACAGAGACGGGACCAGUAUGGAGGUGCAGGUGGACAUAGAGCCGGGUAAGUCUGCUGGUCAACUACACGACCACACUAUGGAUGAUGGGAGAGACGCUGGGCGCUGUGGCUGGUCCUGCCACUCUGGAUGCCCCUCAGAGGGCCAGGAUGGCACCGCCAAGUCCUCCUCCUCCUCGGGGAAGAAGAGUAAAAGCAAGCUGAAGAAGGGAGGAGGCUGUAAGAUCCAGGAGACGAGGGAGGAUAUGGACGCUCGUCUCCUUGAGCAGCAGAGCACCAACUCCUCAGAGUUUGACUCUCCCUCCCUCAGCGGCUCUCUGCCCUCCGUAGCCGACUCUCACUCCUCCCACUUAUCAGAGUUCAGCGGCGGCUCUGACCUGGAGAUCAUGAAGACGUCCUGCAGCCAUGGAUCCUCGUCUGACUACCACAGCCGCUUCGCCACAGUCAGCCCUCUGCCUGAAGUAGAGGGAGACCGGCUGGAGGCGUUACCCUCACCCCGAGGUGUCCUCUCCCAGCCUCACUCCCCAGUCUCCUCGCCCUGUCCCGAGGUGUCCGUCUCCCCUCUGUGUCUGAUAGCAGAGGAAAACAUCAACCAGGUGUGUCCUACGAAGGCAGAUUGUGACUGUAUUACAGGAGGAGCCCUUCCCGUUGGACAGCUGCUGCAGGAGAACAACGACAACCUGCAGGCCCGUCCCUCCAGCCUGCUCCAGACCUCCUGUAUUCAGACUGACAUCUGACCUUAAAAACACCAGUUUUUGGUUUCACAGAAUUAUUAUUAUUUUUCUUUCUUCCCCAGAAGACAAAAGCUUUAAAUGGACAUUUCUGAAGUGUGGAAAUGAAGCAGUGGAGAAACAGCAAGGUGAAGGCUGUUGUUUCCUGUCAUGUGACAGUGUUCUGACUGGCUGCUGUCCCUCCUCACAAGCAGGAGUGAAAGAGACCCGUCACUGACCCCCAGGGCGGACUGUCAGUCAAGCUGGGGAUCAGGACGCAACGUUCAGGAACCUUCAAGCUCUCAAAACGCCAAGUUGAACUUUUAAUAUGAACCGGGCAAUACUAUCCUUCGUGUUCUCUUCAGUUUUAAAAUGAGUUUAUAAUUAAACCACUUCUGUUAAGUGAUGAUUUGUACUUAUUAUAAUUCAAUACUAGUCCGCUGGAAGGAAUUUAAAAGCCUGGUAGUAGUUUAUCUACGGCUAGCUGAGAGGGACAAACUAUUCUAUCUACGGCUAGCUGAGAGGGACAAAGUACUGGAGCAGAGUACUGUUGCUAGGUAGAAGUAGAGCUGGGUCUCUGGAAGGCCAUGGUUUAAACAUCCCAAAGAUGGAUGAAGGGUUAAUUAUAAUAGCCACAACCCACCAAUGAGAGAGCCACUUCCUUGAAAUUGUUUAACAAAUAUUUUUCAACCAUCAGUAAAAUAUUUUUUUUUUUCAGGCUGAAGAAGCUUUCACCUCACACAUAAUAAGAUCACUUUCAUAUCUGUUAUAACCAAUGAUUUAUAUAUACACUAGAUGACUGACAGGGGGCGCUGUGUUGAAGCCACCGUGCCUCCAUCUUGGCUCUUCCCCCCCUCCAUUGUAUAAAACAAUGUUUUGGAAGCUAAAGAAAUGUAUUUAUUAAUUGGUUUUAACAACAUGUAUUCCACUACAGACACCUUAAUACUUUUACAUUAUAUAAUGUGAGCUAAACGUACAAAUAAAAUAAUAUAUAACAUUUUCCUUUUUAGAUUAAUGUUCCUGUCCCCACUAAAACAAAAACAAAACAAAAUACAUGUAAUGUUGUCCUGGAAACAUUUGAUUGAAACACUGUAGAAUUCCAUUCAUUCCUAUGGAGGCCUGCUCCUAAUGGAGAGAGCCAAAAUGGCCGACCGGUGGCUUCAAAGCAUCUCAAUGGCCAAUACAUAUCAGUAAUCCAUCCCCUACUGGAGAGAGCCAAUAUGACCGACCGGUGGCUUCAAAGCAUCUCAAUGGCCAACACAUAUCAGUAAUCCAUCCCCUACUGGGGAGAGCCAAAAUGGCCGACCGGUGGCUUCAAAGCAUCUCAAUGGCCAAUACAUAUCAGUAAUCCAUCCCCUACUGGAGAGAGCCAAUAUGACCGACCGGUGGCUUCAAAGCAUCUCAAUGGCCAACACAUAUCAGUAAUCCAUCCCCUACUGGGGAGAGCCAAAAUGGCCGACCGGUGGCUUCAAAGCAUCUCAAUGGCCAAUACAUAUCAGUAAUCCAUCCCCUACUGGGGAGAGCCAAAAUGGCCGACCGGUGGCUUCAAAGCAUCUCAAUGGCCGCCAAUACAUAACAUCAGUAAUCCAUCCCCUACUGGAGAGAGCCAAUAUGGCCGACCGGUGGCUUCAAAGCAUCUCAAUGGCCAACACAUAUCAGUAAUCCAUCCCCUACUGGAGAGAGCCAAUAUGGCCGACCGGUGGCUCCAAAGCAUCGCAAUGGCCAACACAUAACAUCAGUAAUCCAUCCCCUACUGGGGAGAGCCAAUAUGGCCGACCGGUGGCUCCAAAGCAUCGCAAUGGCCAACACAUAACAUCAGUAAUCCAUCCCCUACUGGGGAGAGCCAAUAUGGCCGACUGAUGGCUUCAAAGCAUCUCAAUGGCCAAUACAUAACAUCAGUAAUCCAUCCCCUACUGGAGAGAGCCAAUAUGGCCGACCGGUGGCUUCAAAGCAUCUCAAUGGCCAACACAUAACAUCAGUAAUCCAUCCCCUACUGGGGAGAGCCAAUAUGGCCGACCGAUGGCUUCAAAGCAUCUCAAUGGCCAAUACAUAACAUCAGUAAUCCAUCCCCUACUGGGGAGAGCCAAAAUGGCUGACCGGUGGCUUCAAAGCAUCUCAAUGGCCAAUACAUAACAUCAGUAAUCCAUCCCCUACUGGAGAGAGCCAAUAUGGCCGACCGGUGGCUUCAAAGCAUCUCAAUGGCCAACACAUAACAUCAGUAAUCCAUCCCCUACUGGGGAGAGCCAAUAUGGCCGACCGAUGGCUUCAAAGCAUCUCAAUGGCCAAUACAUAACAUCAGUAAUCCAUCCCCUACUGGAGAGAGCCAAUAUGGCCGACCGGUGGCUUCAAAGCAUCUCAAUGGCCAACACAUAUCAGUAAUCCAUCCCCUACUGGGGAGAGCCAAUAUGGCCGACCGAUGGCUUCAAAGCAUCUCAAUGGCCAAUACAUAACAUCAGUAAUCCAUCCCCUACUGGGGAGAGCCAAAAUGGCCGACCGGUGGCUUCAAAGCAUCUCAAUGGCCAACACAUAACAUCAGCAAUCCAGGGUUUAUAUACGUUGGUUAUUACUCAUUGUGCCUUUUUGAAAAGGAAAAGCUGUUUUUCCUCUUUCUAAUCGUCUGCAUCUCUCCACCUCUUCUAGACUUUCAAAAGCUAAAACAACAGCUUUCAGAUGGUCUCUUGACCAGGAGAGAUACUAGACGAGUAGGGCUUCAUAAUACUGUGGUAGACUUUACACGUCUUGUUCAAUUGCCUACCAAAGACAGCACUCAGGCUCUUGAGAACUCUUGUUCCUGGUAACCCUUGACGACGUCUGUUUUGUCAUCCCCCAGACUCCACCUGGUGCAGCAUGUCUACACCGCGUGGUUAAACAUGUCAACAUAAACACAGGAAUGUAUACAGACUGCUUGUUUGUUUGUUUUCUAAUACGCUUUACAAAUGCUACGCAAAUAACAGGAGGCCAGAGUCUCCUGCUGUUAACCAGACUGGUUACAUAAAUGUACUGCAAUGCUCAGAGUGUAUGUACAGGGAUAUCAUCAGUUGACCCCCCCCCCCCCCCCUCUAUUCCUGUCUGUGUCCCAAAUGACAGUCUGUUCCCCGACACAGUGCACAGGUAGUGUACUAUCUAGAGAGUAGUGUGCCAUCAGGGCCGCAUGGCGUCUGUUCCCCGACACAGUGCACAGGUAGUGUACUAUAUAGAGAGUAGUGUGCCAUCAGGACCGCAUGGCGUCUGUUCCGUGUCUCCUGCCGGUCUGUGAAGACGUGGCUGAAUGAUGACAUCUCUGGACUGAUUUAAAUGCUGCUGCCUCUCCUCCCCUCACACACGUUGUCUGUUUAUUCCCUGAUUCAUUCUCUGCACUGUCCAUUUCCUGUUGGUUUAAUUCUCUGCCCUGACCAUUUCCUGUUGGUUUAAUUCUCUGCCCUGACCAUUUCCUGUUGGUUUAAUUCUCUGCACUGUCCAUUUCCUGUUGGUUUAAUUCUCUGCCCUGACCAUUUCCUUUCCUAUACUUUAAACACUAGUGCCAGAUAGAUUUUCUAAUUUGUGCAGAAUGACAUGAUCCUGUCCCCAGAUCUGUGUUUGAAGUGGUAAUGACCAAAGGAGAUGGACAGAGGACACACACAGAUCUGGGACCAGGCUAGAAUGCCAUUUAAAGGUAUCUGUAUAUUCGUUUGCUAAUUUCCUUUUACAAUGUGUGUAAAAUGCAUAUCUAAAGAAAUAAAUAUCUCUUAAACUUUU